CCUUUAUAUAGAGACGGGCCGCGCCGCAUGUCGCAGUUCUCCUUCAGGAAGCCGUUUAUUCAUCCUCGGGCUUCAAGCGUGUGGUGUGUAGGAGGCGAAGGAGACGGCGCGGAUAGCAUGGCGGAGGCAAGCAGCAUGGAGAACUUUGUAGCCAAGUUGGCCAAUGGAAUGAACCUGGCGACUGCAGUAGAAGAUGUUUCCUGUACACAACAACCGGAGAGCACCGUGAAGCCUUCAGCAGAAGAAAUGACUUCUAAAGAUUACUAUUUUGAUUCAUAUGCACACUUUGGUAUCCAUGAGGAGAUGUUAAAGGAUGAAGUUCGGACUCUCACCUAUCGUAACUCAAUGUUUCACAACAGACACUUGUUUAAAGAUAAGGUUGUCCUGGAUGUGGGGAGUGGAACAGGGAUCCUCUGCAUGUUUGCAGCCAAGGCUGGAGCAAAGAAAGUUAUUGGGAUUGAAUGCUCCAGUAUCUCUGACUAUGCUAUCAAGAUUGUGAAGGCAAACAAAAUGGAUCACAUUGUAACAAUCAUCAAGGGAAAAGUGGAAGAAGUUGAGCUGCCUGUGGAAAAAGUUGACAUAAUAAUCAGUGAAUGGAUGGGAUAUUGUUUGUUCUACGAGUCCAUGCUGAACACUGUAAUCUAUGCACGGGAUAAAUGGCUGACCCCUGAUGGUCUUAUAUUCCCAGAUCGAGCAACUCUUUAUGUGACCGCCAUUGAAGACAGACAGUACAAAGACUACAAAAUUCACUGGUGGGAGAAUGUCUAUGGGUUUGAUAUGUCCUGUAUUAAAGAUGUAGCCAUUAAGGAACCUCUUGUUGAUGUUGUCGACCCCAAACAGUUAGUUACAAACUCGUGUCUCAUCAAGGAAGUGGAUAUCUACACAGUAAAGGUGGAUGACCUGAGCUUUACCUCUCCCUUCUGCCUCCAAGUGAAGAGAAAUGACUACAUCCAUGCCCUGGUUGCUUAUUUUAACAUUGAGUUCACAAGAUGUCAUAAAAGGACCGGCUUCUCUACUAGCCCAGAGUCUCCUUACACUCACUGGAAGCAGACAGUGUUCUACAUGGAGGACUACUUGACUGUUAAAACUGGGGAGGAGAUAUUUGGAACGAUAGGCAUGAAGCCAAAUGCCAAGAAUAAUCGAGAUUUGGAUUUUACCAUGGACAUUGAUUUCAAAGGUCAGCUUUGCGAAUUGUCCUGUUCUACGGACUACAGAAUGCGCUGAAUGAAGACUAAACCAUUUGACCAGACAGACGACAGAUGCAUCAAUUAUACAUUUAGCUGUGUGGUUUUAUUUACAUAUAGCAUACACCUUUUUAUCUACCCACUCUUUUUCCUCAGUGGGGUAAAAUAUUUUAGAGCCCCUGGACCAGUCUGUAAAUCAGUCCCUUGGCCACACUGAUGACUUGGUCUUUACCUCCAAAAAGGCUGCAUGGCUUGGGGAAAACAAAUCUAGCUUUAGAAAGCUGGUUUAACCUGGAAGUAUGUAAUCCUGAAUGGGUUUUGUAGGCUGUUCUCAAACUGUCAUCAGGCCUUGCUAGGACAGCAGGCUUCACUCCAGUAGAAGCCUCUUAAGUCACCUGCAAUUAUUGGCAAUGCCUAAAGUACAGUUUGCGAACACAAGGACUGCCAUUCCUCUGCGCAGUAACCUCAGUGUUGCAUCAUUGUCUUCUACAUAUCUUUAAAUUUUCUGUUCCAUGUACCACAUGUAGUAAAAGCCAUCACAGUCUGAAUGCUGCUGGAAAGAAAGGGAUAGACCAGUGAUGGGCAAACUGCAGCUCUCCAGCUGUUGUAAAACUACAACUCUGUCUGCCUACAGCAAGGCAUGAUGGGAUUUGUAGUUUUACAACAGCUGGAGAGCUGCAGUUUGCCCAUCCCUGGAUAGACCAUUGGAACCUGAUGUGGACACUAAAAAAAAUUUGGUCACUCCUGGUUGCAAGCAGUGUUUGUCGCCUCUAGACACCCCCACAUGUUCAUCACUGGAGCAGUGGGCUCAAUCUGCCAUUUUGUACGGUUUUGUAUGUCCUUUUCAGAGCCUGACAUGGAAAGGUGCUUUUGUUUUACAGAUUGUUUAAAGGUUGCCCAUCGUGACUUUCAUAAAUUAUGGUUUUUAUAUGGUUACAUUCAUAAUGAAAUUAAAGUUAAAGUGAACUGUGA